ACCCGGAUGUAAUCUCCGUAGGCCCAUGUGGAGCGGAAAGCCGGGAAUUUGGAAGUGUACCGUGUGGAUCCUAGGACCCGUGAACAGCUUGGUCCCGAUCCACAAACUGAGCUUCUGUGACCUCGAGGACUUUUGAGGGCGCGGCUGCAUCUCACCUCACCCAAGCUGCGCCCCAUGGAGUCUACAUUCAGCAGCCCCGCGGAGGCGGCCCUGCAACGGGAGGCGGGCGUUCCUGGCCAGUUCACUCCUUCUGAAGACCUGGACCGAGUGUACGAGCUGGAGCGAGUCACGAAAUUUGUCUGCGACUUAGGAUGUCAGCGGGUAGCCUUGCAGUUCCCUGACCAGUUACUAGGAGAUGCUGAAGCUGUGGCUGCCCGGCUGGAGGAAGUCACAGGAUCUAAGAUGUUCAUUUUAGGGGACACAGCUUAUGGCAGCUGCUGUGUGGAUGUGCUGGGCGCAGAGCAGGCUGGAGCUCAAGCCCUUGUACACUUCGGUCCUGCCUGUUUAAGCCCCCCAGCCUCGCAGUUGCCCAUCACCUUUGUCCUUGGUCAGCGUCCUGUUGCUUUAGAGCUCUGUGCAAAGGCCUUUGAAGCCCAGAACCCAGAUCCCACAGCACCGGUAGUACUGCUGAGUGAGCCAGCUUGCUCCCAUGCCCUAGAGCCCUUGGCCGCUCUCCUGCGCUCCAAGUACAAAGACCUGCUCAUCUCCAGCCCUGCUCUUCCCGUGCCAGCGGGAUCCCCGAGCUCACAGCCUGAGUCACUGGAGCGUUUUGGGCGCCGCUUCCCCCUGAACCCAGGGAGACGCCUGGAAGAAUAUGGUGCCUUCUAUGUGGGGGCUUUUCAAGCAAGCUCUGACCCCAACCUUGAUCUGGACCUAAGCAGACUGCUUUUGGGGUGGACACCAGGACGGCCCUUCUUUUCCUGUUGUCCAGACACAGGAGAGACACAAGACCAGGGUGCCAAGGCUGAGAGACUAAGAGCCCGAAGACUGUACCUCAUAGAGAGGGCCAGAGAUGCCCGUGUGGUAGGGCUGCUGGCGGGCACCUUAGGCGUGGCUCGACAUAUUGACGCGCUAGCGCACUUGCGGAAACUGACUGACGCUGCUGGGAAACGCAGCUAUGUGUUAGCCCUGGGGAAGCCCACACCGGCCAAGCUUGCCAACUUCCCUGAGAUGGACGUCUUUGUGCUGUUAGCCUGUCCUCUGGGAGCGCUAGCCCUCCAGCAGUCUGGUGGCUUCUUUCAGCCUGUCCUGACACCCUGUGAAUUGGAGGCUGCCUGCAACCCUGCCUGGCCCCCUCCGGGCCUGGCUCCCCACCUCACACACUAUGCAGAGCUGUUGCCUGGUUCUCCCUUCCAUGUGCCGCUCCCACCACCUGAGUCAGACUUGUGGGACAUCCCAGAUGUGUCACUCAUUUCUGGGGAGCUCCGACCACCACCUCCUUGUAAGUCAUCAGAGGACACUAGAUGUUCUGCCCUAACUCCAAGGCCCCCGCUGGAGCUGGCUGAGAGCAGCCCUGCAGCGUCAUUCCUUAGUUCCCGGAGCUGGCAGGGGCUGGAGCCCCGCUUGGGCCAGACACCAGUGAAAGAAGCUGUCAGAGGAAGACGAGGUGUCGCCAUUGCCUAUGAGGAUGAGGGAAGCACCUUGUGAGGCCAGAGUCUGCCGGAACCUGUUCCCCCUGGACCAACUUCUCUUCCUCCCCCAGGGAGACCUGAUGCUUGGGCAGAGGGAGUGUAGGUAGCUCCUCCCUGAGGAGCUGUCUAGCCUGUAGCCUGUGCGGCACUGGCUCAGUACACCAGUGCAGUAAGUGCCUGUUUGAGGGUGGGGUGGGGGUGGGGGGAAGGGAGGGGUCCCAGGGUGAAUCCCAGUUCCUGGUGUGUAGUAGUAGUUCUGGCCUUGGUCAGGGGCAGGAUUGGAUGAUCCAGACCAGGGUUCUUCUACCUCAGCACUGUUGACAGUUUGGGCAGAGUGAUUCUUUACUUCAAAGCCUAUUCUAUAUAGAGAAGGAUGUUUAGGUUCAGCUGACAGAAGCACCUCCUUUCCUCCCCCGAUGAGCUAGGAUAGCUCAGAUUAUCCCUAGAUGUUGGCAGAUGUCAUGUAACUGCCAAUUUAGAACCGCUGGUCUAGACCUGCUUGCACUGUCCAAAACAGUGUUCAUUGGACACAUGACUUUUGCCAUUUAAAGUGGAUGAAAAACUUUCUCGGUUACACUAAUUACAUUUCAAGCACUCACAUGGCUGCUAGUGGGACUUGUAGCACGAAGUUCUAUUGGACAGUGCUGGGCUACAUCGACUCAGACUUGUUUCUUGGGGACAACAAAGAAACUGAAAUAAAUGGAAUACUUCUCC